AUGCGUUUCUCCUCUGCAAUUGCCCUCACUGUCAUUGUUGCUUUAGCAUCAUCGAUCUCUGCCAUGCCCACUGAAGGUUACACAGCUGACGCCAACCAUUGUGUCAAGCCUUGCAUUUAUGACUCACAUUGUCGCAGCAAAGACUGCUCUUAUAAUCAAUGCACCAUUUUGUUUUUCUGCAUAGCUAAGAUAAGACGCACGAAGAUUGCUAUCAAGGGGCGUGCUGAUCAGUCCGGAUCCUAUAUUACUGAGCUACUAGGGUUUGGCGUUGCCGACUUUCACUGGCACUUGCUCCGAUGCAUGUGCUACUGUUUCCUCCUCAAUGCUUUCGAUUCGGCCGAUGAACCACAGGCGAGGGUGUUUUCUAACACAUGUGCUAAGUUCUUUCAAGUUCUGAAAGAUGUAGUUACACAACUGGCGCCAACCAAUGUGUCAGGUUUUGCGCUCACAACUCACAAUGCGUCAAUAAAGGCUGCAUUUAUAGUGAAUGCACUAUUAUGUUUUUCUGCCUAUAUGGCCGUUGACAUCGAUGCGCGAGGAACUAGUGAUUUGUAG